UAUCGAAUAAACACAGAUUGUGGUUCCAGCUCUAUCUAAUAGCAACAAUUGCCAGCGAAAAUAAAAAUUUAUUCGGCGCAUUUAAUACCGGGGACAGCAGAGUUUUAGACCCAUAAUAUAAGUACCCAAAAAGAAGAAAAAGUGCGGGAAAAAAUAAGUUUGGAUAAUAUCGCUUGUCACCUACGUGCGUUUGUGUGAGUGAGUGUGCGCGUGUGUUUGUGCUUUGUUCUGCGAGCGUUUCGUUUCGUUUUUAGAAAUGGCAAAGAAAACCUACGAUUUGCUCUUCAAACUGUUGCUGAUCGGCGACUCGGGAGUGGGAAAGACGUGCAUAUUGUUCCGAUUCUCGGAUGAUGCCUUCACGUCCACCUUUAUUUCGACCAUAGGCAUCGAUUUCAAAAUCAAAACAGUAGAGCUGCGCGGCAAGAAGAUCAAGCUGCAAAUAUGGGACACCGCCGGUCAGGAGCGGUUCCACACGAUAACCACCUCGUAUUAUCGAGGGGCCAUGGGCAUAAUGUUGGUCUAUGACAUAACGAACGAGAAGAGCUUCGAGAAUAUAGUCAAAUGGUUGCGGAAUAUCGACGAGCACGCCAACGAGGACGUAGAAAAGAUGAUUCUGGGUAACAAGUGCGACAUGACGGACAAGCGGGUAGUCAACAAGGAGCGCGGCGAAGCGAUUGCCCGUGAACACGGCAUUCGGUUUAUGGAAACAUCCGCCAAGUCGAAUAUAAACAUCGAGCGGGCCUUCUGCGAGCUGGCCGAGGCCAUUCUGGACAAGACAUCGGGGCGCGAGUCGGCGGAGAAUCCGGAGCGUGUGAUUAUCGAUCGCCGGAACAACGAGAAGGCGCCGGGCUACAGCAAGUGCUGCGCGUAAAACGGCGUUAAGGGCAAACGGGGCGUGGUUUGGCCCGGUUUGUGCUUAGAUGUGCGUGGGGAAGGCGAAGGAUGGAAUUGGAUCGGAUUGGAUUGAAUUGGAAUGCGGUGGGGAUCGGUUUCUGAAACUGCUCCGCACAAACGAAGGGAAACAAAGCAAUAAACCCGGGGUCACUCGCACGGAGGAAACUUACUUAUUACGAGGAUACGCAGAUGGAACAAGCAACAGAAACAACCUACCUAAAGUUUAACAACAGAUAUUGUAAUACAAACAUUUGGAAGCAACUUUACAAAAACCCCGGACGAUGGUGGUCAGAUAAAAUAGGCUACGUUAGUUAACGCACACUCGGCACUUGGACACAGCUCCGUUAGGAGGAGCCACUAAUUGCAUUUCGGGCCAAAUUGUUCAGUUAGCUAGCGUGGACAGAAGAUCAGUUCCAGGGACUAUCCAGCCACAUGACACGAUAAAGAUAAAGAUAACAAAGACGCAGACAUAAGCAACUUUUGUAACGUAACUUUUGAUAUAUACAUAGUCUUACGAUUCCUGUACUCAGCCGUUCGUUCGUUCGCCAUCACUCGCACUCCCCUGCCGCCCCACUUAGUGUUUUGUUUUGUUUUGCGUUUCAGCCUAGAUAUAAAUAACACUUAUACAUAUUAUACAUCGGAUAGUAUAUAGCAUAUAUCUAGCUUGCUUUCGCUUUGUUUGUCGAUACUAAGCCAGUGAAGAGUUCGAUGGGAAGGUAGGGGGUAGACACUCUGCAGUCACUCAUCAAGCCAGAGUUAGAGUUUGAGCUGUUCCGAAAUUGUUUUCUGAUUAUUGCCUAUAUAUAUAUUUAUACACCAUAAUAUUGCAUCGUUUUUAUGUGCGUUCGCGCCCGUACACCCAUUAUAUAUAUAUGUGUACACUUAAGGGGGCGUGGGUGUGCGCGCGUGUAUAUCUCCAUGUAUGUAUGUAAGGACGUUGCACGCCAUGUAGCAUCCGCAAGGAGGAGCGCCCAACCCCAACGCACCAUCAAGCGCUUUCCUCCUGUCUCUUGUAAUUUUAUUUAAUAUUUUUUUUCGUGUAAACCUAUUAUUUGUAACUGUAUAUGGAUUUAGUUUAGUUGUCCACACCAAAUGAUUUACCGAUUAAAAAUUAUAAAGAACAACCUAAACCAUGUCAAAUAAA